CGCAGCUUCCGCUCCUCUGGCAGGCGGGGCCUCAGCCCUGGUGAUGGCGGCGGGGGCGAUCCGCGGCGGCAUGGGCGAAGCAGGGGCCGGUGCGGGCGCGGCGGCUUGUGGGCUAACUUCCGAAGGGCCGCCGAGGCCAGAGGCCGGCCUGGAGGCGGAGGUGGCGAAGCUGCUGCCCUUCCUGGCGCCUGGGGCGCGGGCGGACCUGCAGGCGGAGGCGGCGCGGCACGUGCUGGAGCUGACCGGCUCCGAGCCCGGUCGGACGCUGCUAGCCGGCCAGGCGGCUCUGCUGCGGGCGUUGGUCGAGCUGGCCGCGGCCCCGGCCCCGGCCCCGGCGCGCGACGCCGCUCGCGCCCUCGUCAACCUCGCUGCCGAGCCCGGCCUGCACGGGCCGCUGCUGGAGGCCGAGCCCGAGCUGCCCGCCCGCCUGCUGGGCCGCGCGUUGGACCCACAGUGGCCCUGGGCCGAGGAGGCGGCCGCCGUGCUGGCCAACCUCAGCCGCGAAGAGGCACCGUGUGCCGCACUGAUGGCAGCGCUGGAGGUCGCGGAGCCGGGGGAGUCCCGCCUGGAGCGGUUGGUGCGCGCGCUCUGCACGCCUGGGUACAAUGCCCGCGCGCCCCUGCAUUACCUGGGGCCGAUGCUCUCCAACCUCAGCCAGCGUCCCGCUGCGCGCGCCUUCUUGCUGGACCCGGAUAGGUGCGUGGUCCAGCGGCUGCUGCCCCUUACCCAGUUCCCAGACUCCUCGGUGCGCAGGGGCGGGGUGGUGGGGACUCUUCGCAACUGCUGCUUCGAGCAUCGACACCACGAGUGGUUGCUCGGGCCCGAGGUGGACAUUCUCCCUUUCUUGCUGCUGCCCCUGGCUGGCCCUGAGGACUUCUCCGAGGAGGAGAUGGAGCGGCUGCCUGUAGACCUGCAGUAUCUGCCGCCCGACAAGCAGAGAGAGCCUGAUGCCGACAUCCGAAAGAUGCUCAUUGAAGCCAUCAUGCUGCUGACGGCCACAGCACCUGGUCGGCAGCAGGUGAGGAGCCAGGGAGCCUACCUGAUCCUGCGUGAGCUACACAGCUGGGAGCCAGAGCCCGACGUGCGGGUGGCCUGUGAGAAACUCAUUCAGGUGCUCAUUGGGGAUGAGCCAGAGCAGGGCAUGGAAAACCUGCUGGAGGUGCAGGUGCCUGAGGACGUGGAGCGGCAGCUGCAGCAGCUGGACCGCCAGGAGCAGGAACGGCACGCACGGGCCCCGGAGCCCCGAGCUGGAGGGGCCACACCCACCUGAGCUUCAGCUGCAGGCCUCUGUCCUUGCUCAGCGGUUGCUCCCUGCUGAGGAUCUCUAGGGCGAUGUCCAAUGAGCCUGGGAGGGUGAGGCUACCUCUGUGUACCCCCUGGCUUCCAGAACCUCGGCCCCGUGGAGCAGCACUGUCAGCCAGAGCUAGCCACGCUCUAGGACUCUUGGGUGCCUCCAGGAAGAUGGCCGAUGGGCUGGACAGAUCAGCGGUGUAAGCCUGAGCGACCUCCCAGGGCGCUGUCGAGGUCUGCCCACCCGUGGGUGUCCAGGUGGGAGUGAUGUCCUUUGCUGCCAGCCCCCCCCCCCCCAGUCCUCCGUUCUGGGGUCCUAAGCGUGCCCUGCCUGAGACCCAGCUUCAAAGGACUGACCUGGUAAGAUUUUGACCAGCGUCAGCCUGUCCUGGGUGCACCCCUUGGUCUGUCCUUGGAGCGCUUGUUGGGCGCUGUCUCCCCAUCAUCCUCUCCACCUUCCUGCUUGACCUGUGCCACAGUAUGGCCCUCAGCCGCCUGCUGGUGGCUUCCAGCCCUGGCCUGGUGUGAUGUACUUGCUGUCCCCACUGACCAGGCCCUACCCCUGGUCGGUUUCCUUGAGCGUCCGAGCCCUUUGCCUGACACACACUCGGAGCAUCUCCCCGAUGUGCCUGCAUCCUUGUUCUUUGCCAAACCUCUCCCUUGCCCACCCUCCGCCACCUUGGUGCCUCCUAUGGGUUCAAGAGACUUGUUCUCCCCCAGCUCCUUGUGUGGUCCCUCAGUUCUUCAGCCGCCAGGCCAGGCCUGGCAGCGGGUCAGCGUGGCGCUCCCCCUGCUGUGCCCAGAGUCCUGGCCUUCCCAGGUCCCUCGCACUCGGGCACUGGAGUGCGGCCUGCUGCCCCGAGCGUUCCCAGCACCCCCACUCCCUGUGUCCUCAGUCCUGGCGCUGCCCGUGAAGCCGGGGGUCCACUGUGGCUCCUCCCCUCGAGGCUGGGUGCUUCGUGGGUACGAGGUAUCUCCUUCCUUUCCGGUACCCUCUAGUUUUCUCUCCCAACUAACGGUCUGGCGUGGGGGUGUGUGGACUCGUGUUCUCUCGGGAUGAUUCCCUGUGGCUGGCUGCCCCUUCCUGCACAGAGACAUCCACAUCCCCUCCACAAAAUAAAAGCUUUAUCUGGC